AUGGGAAGGCUCUCUACAAAGCUCGCUACCUUGGCUCACCUCAUCUACCAACGAUCUCGACUCAUCUCUUUUAGCCGGAAUGAAAUCCUAAAAAAGUGUCUCAACCUCCCUGUGUUUGAAAUAGAUGGUGAAACAUGCUUGGGUGUUGUUGAGGUGGUGACGACUUCCCAGAAAGUCAACCUCCGGGAUGAACUCGAAAAGAUCUGUAAAGCUCUACAGGGUGACAAGUCAUAUUGGUACCAACAAUUCAUUCCCAUGCUGCCCUGUAUCCUCUCUGCUGAUGAUGAACAAAGCAAAAGUCGACUACAAGUUUUUAUCUGGGCAUUGCUUGCUGUUAGAUCCCAGUUUGGGAUGUUGGAUGAUGGUGCUCGGAUUCAUGUUAUUCCUCAUUUGUUCCGUGAAGCAGUUGACUGUGGUUUCAGAUGGUUAUGUGAUUUUCAGGUUUCAGAUGAGGUUAAAUAUUUAAGAAAUAGUCGUGCCGAGCAAACAAAACAAGUUGCUGAGUUUCAUGUUAGAAUGAAUGAAAUUAUAUCUUCUGAUUUGAAUCAACGGAGAGCUUUUGAAGAUGAUAUACACAGUAGCUUAAGUUCUAUUCUUGCCUCAUAUGAUAGCAUAGGAGCUUCCUUUCCUCACAGCCAUGUGAGUGAAGAAGUAGCUGCAAUCUGUGAUGCCAAGUUAAAAAGUUCAGACAUACAGGCUGUAGUUUUAUUUAUUUAUUUUCCUCACAGCCAUGUCAGAGUAGUAGUAGAAGUGAUGGUUAAGCAGAACAAUGUUUUCCCAAACAAGGAGAUGCAAUGGCAACAAAAGGUUGUUAAAGUAUUUCCAAGGCCAGCUGUAUCACUUUGUCCUCAGGUUCAUUGUGAAACCUCAAAGUACAACAUGAAACUUAGGGAGGACCGUGGAUUUUCUUUUGAAGAGUUGAAGGUGAACCCCGAUAUGGUAUUACAGCUUGAAAAUGUUGGCCUGAGUUUUACAGGAAAAGGUGAAAGUAGCCAGCAACUUUUAAGAAUAUCAAGAUCAUAUAGGGUACACCAAGCUGCUGCAACAGCCUAUGGUGCCUUGUGUGCAGUCUUAUGUUCACUCCUUAUUGGGUCAAAUGGAAGACAAAACCAUGUAAUUCUUGGAAAUUUAGUUGAUAGAUUUAUAGGAUGGGCAUUGUCAUUGUUUAGCAAUAUUAAUGUUGGUGAUGGGAUAGUGGAACUUGCAGCAGAAGGUCUUCAUGAAUUCCUCAAUGUUGCAGAAGGUCUUAAUGCUGAUUAUUUCUUCGGAUCAAGUUUAGCCGAAAGUUCUACCUAUGCAGAUUUAAAGGUUGAAGUAAUACUUGAUAAGUCUAUGAAGAUCAAUAACAUUACAGAUGCCAAAAUUGAAGCCACACUAUUUGAUAUCAAUACCAAUGAGGGUUCCAAUCUGCUAUCAACUAACGUGGCCAGUUUAGAGCUUCAGCAGCCCCCUCAUUUUCCUUUAGGGUUUCAUGGGUAUCAAUUAGAAGGAAAACUGAAAAAUCCCAAGCUUUGGUCUGCAGAGCAACUAAAUCUGUAUACAUUAGUUGUCACCCUGAAAGAUGCAUCAGGCAACAUUAUCGACUGUGAAUUAUGUCUAAGUAGGCAAGGAGGGGGUUACUCAAGGAAAAUUCAAAUGGUAGCAAAUAUUGGGCAUAUGGAGGAUCUGCUAGAAGGAUUAGAGAUUGCAGCUAAGCUUCUAUCUAAGACUUCACGCCAAGGACUUGAUGAAUUAAAGAUAUCAUAUUUUGGCAUGGCUAGAAGCUUUGAGGAAACGAGACUCAAGCAAAAGACCUGGACCAGAUCUGUUGGUGUUUCAUGGAUAUCGAGAGAAAAAAGAUUAAGGCGAGAUGAAGACAUGUCACCGGAGCAAGGUCGUAAGAGUGGUAAGGUUACGGUGGUAGAGGUUGUUUUCGUCGAAGGUAAAUGGCAAUACCGGAGGUCGGUGGUUGGUGGCGACAGAAAGUCGCCGAAUAUAAAAGGAAGAAUGAAGAGAUGUUUGAUGAAACAGAGGGAGAAUGAAGUUUUGUAG